AUGGGCAAGAAGCUUUUCUCCCGCUCCGCGGACCUGACGCGGCCGGAGGACGUGCGUGCGGGUAGCGCCCACAGCACGCCCUCCCAUCGUGGUACCCGCAAGCUUGACGUCAACGUCAUGCGACCUGAUGACAUUGGCGGCCCCAUGGCCGCCUCAGCGCCUCUAACCACGGAGGAGAUGCCACCCGUCCCUCAGCGAGACGUGUUGGAGCAGCAGCUAACCGGUGUCCUGGAGAGCAUGAACAUCCCACGCCCCAAGCGAGCUGAGAUCAUGAAUCAGAGUGAUGAGAAGAAGUGGCAGCUCGUUUGGGCUCAGAUGAAAGUCAAGGCGCGCUACAACCCCUCUCAUUAUCUGGACAGCCUCAUCAUCCACCUCGAUGCUGCUGAGAAGGCCCGUCGCAAGAACACAAAAAAGAAGACGCCGCCCGGUGUGGAGGAACCGGCCUCUAUAUUGCGGGGCAUCGAAAUUUCGCUCCGCACCAAUCCUUUGAGCUGGGUCAAGGAUUUUAUCAACUAUCAGCCCACUAUUGACGAGCGAAACAAGGACACCAAACAACGUGCUGGAGGGCUGGACAUCCUCAUGGAAUACUUUUCCUCUCUCGAAAACGACGAGCGGCACUCCGACGACAACUACUUAUGCGUCCUCUGUCUGCGGGCUCUGAUGAACAAUGCUACGAACGCGUUUCUUCAACAGAACAUAUACCUGGCUCUACCAUCAAGGCGUCCUCACUCUGGUGCACAUGCGCGCAAACGUUCUCAGUUUGGUUUCAACACCGUCAUGGCGCACCCCGAUACCAUCAACCAAAUCUGCUUGUGUCUGGGCAGCGUCGAUCCUUUCUCGACUGGCUCAGAUGAGCUGACCGCUGCGGAGGAAGGCGAGCAGAGCCGUCGGUACCGCACACACAUUCUUGUUCUGGAGCUUCUUGCAGCUGUGUGCCUUGUUUCCAAGGGCCACGCUCGCAUUUUGCAAGCCUUUGAUAACUUUCAACGGCUUCAUCAAGAGAAGCAGCGCUUCAUGUCCAUCAUGCAUCUCUUGCGCUCGGAGCGGCAUCAUGUGGCUGUCAUGGUUGCUUGCAUGGCCUUUGUCAAUGUUGUGGUCCACUGUGUGCCCGACAUGAAUUAUCAAGUCGCGCUUCAAGAGGAGUUUUCCAAAAUGGGUCUCAUGUCCCUGAUUGAUGAUUUGGCCAAGAGUGCGGCUCCAGAUCUCCAAGAGCAGAUCAACGCCUACCAGGAGAACUUUAUCAAUGUGGCCGAGCUGGCUCGCGAUGCGGAGGCCCAUGCCAUGGACCUGGAGCGAAUUUCUCAGCUGGAAGAGCAGUUGGAGGAUGUCAAGGCCGAGCUUAAAGAGGUUUCAGCCUUGCGCAUCGAAGAAACCACCGAGCUCAAGAAUGAAGUGUCAGACCUGCAGGGUCUGCUUGGAACCAUUCGCGCGCGGUUGCAAGAGGAGAAGGAUCGUCAUGCCGCCACGCAAGUUCAGGCCACGCAGGACGUUAGCUCUCUCAAAUCUGACCUGCAAGGGGCGCGCGAUCGCCUCGUUGCCGUUGAGCAGAAGCUUGCUGAAGCCGAGUCCAUUUCGGCCUCCAUUGCGCGCCUCAAUGAGUCGCAGGGCAAGGUGGACCGCAGCAUGCUCCGCGACGUGGGUGUGAACACGGAUGGCGAUGCUGUUGAUGUCACGAGCCCACCGCCGGCACCCGGCCCUCCGCCAGCAGCGCCCUUACCGCCACCACCACCGCCACCAGCUCCCCCGCCGGCGCCGGGCAGUGCCUUUGCUGUUCAGGAUCUGAACGCAGGGGGUAAUAAGCGCCGCGUGGAGGUGCACGCCAAGCUUCCCAUGCUCAACUGGACGACCUUGUCCCAGGCGCAGGUGGCUGAUACAAUCUUCAAGGAUCUUGAUGAUGACAAGGUCCUGGACGAGGUGGACUUUUCCUCCUUUACCGAGGCGUUUCGCCUGGACACGCAGGGUGGUGAUGGCGCGAGCCGAGACUCUCAUGCCAACAAUGUGGUGACCACUUUGCGUCGCAAGGCCACGCAUGGCCCUGAUACCGUAUUGGAUUUGAAUCGUGCGCGCAACCUGGCGAUUGCUCAGCGCCGCGUGGGCACGGACGUCGAUGCCGUCAUUGCUGGCAUCAACCGCCUCGACUUGAAGGUGGUUACGGCUGAGAAAGCAGAGCUGUUGCGUUCCGAGUACAUGGCCUCUGAUGAGGAGAUGAGCAUGCUGACCGAGCGGCAUGACAGCGGCAAACCCAUGGCCGAGGUGGACGUUUUCCUCUACCACCUCAACCGCGUUCCUCGUCUGCGGCAAAAGCUCAUGCUUUUGUCGUACUUGGACAGCUGCGAUGAAGUACUGCACUCGCUCUCGCCGGCAGCCAACAAACUGGAGACGGCCAGCCGCUCGUUGGUGGAAAGUCAACGCUUACGUCAGCUGUUGUCGAUUGUUUUGGCGUUUGGCAAUUACAUGAACAGCCAGCGCCGAGGUGGUGCCUACGGUUUCAAGCUCUCCGUAUUUACCCGCCUCUUUGACACGCGAUCGCGCGACCGCUCACAGUCGGUGCUCAACUAUGUCGUGGCAGCUGCUGAGGAGAUGUAUCCUGAUUGCCUGCAAUUCGCGGACGAGCUUCAUUGCAUCGACAAGGCAGCAGGGAUUUCGAUUGCAUCGUUGGAACAAAACCUUCUUGGACUUGAGCGCACGGCCAAGGCAGUGUCGCAAGAGCUGGAAUUGGAUGCCACACACGAAGCGUUGCUGCAUUUCCGGGACACGGUGCUGCCCCAGAUCCAUGCUGCCCGGGACGAUGUGGAGCGGGCUCGAGCUGCAUUCCGCCGUGCCGUUGAAUUUUUUGCCGAGGACGAAAAGGCUGAGCCCUAUGUCUUCUUCAAGACCUUUUUACAACUGGAUGACCAAAUCAAACAGGCGCAGGAACAGAAUCGCCGCCGAGCCGAGGCGCAAGCACGCGCCGCCGAGGAGGCCAGGCAACAAGCGGCCGAAGAUGCUCAGCGGAAGGAGGCCAUGUUGCGGGGCGAUGCGUUGCAGUCGUUGCCCGUCGGCGGACCUCGCAAAGCAACGCUGCAGCCGCGCACCAGCAUCGAUAUCCGUGAUGAAGUGGCGGAUGGCGACAUUGACAGCUUGAUUAGUGGCUUGAAGGAGCAAGGUUAUCGCCGUGGUGGUGUCAAAACGCAGCGGGGACGUGACCGCGGGGACGCCUAUGGUGCUGCGCGACCUUGGCUCAAGUAG